GUAUGAAACACGUCACAGUCAAUUUGUCAAAGCCCAAUCGUGGUGCUUUAGCGUUAGGCAACUUCCCCUUCUUUGAUUAAGGAAAUAUGAUAGUGUGUGUGUGUCUGGGAAUUCAUUUGGUGAUCAGCAGGGGAAUCCGGACAACGCGUGGCCCGCAGAGGUGGCUCUAUAGAGUGGCUUCACAGAGAAGAAGUAAGAGGAAUCCAUUGUGAAAGCAGGUUUCCUGGGAGCCAGAAUCACUGGGUGACUUCCUCCCAACUCUUUCCCACUGUGCCAUCACAUCAAGUGUUCUGAUCUGCUGGUGCGACAGGACAGACCCAGCAACGUUUGGAAAGGCAUUCCUCUCAAAGAAAAGAAACCCGCCGCCUUGGAAAGAUGUCCCUUAAUGCCAGCAUGUGCCAAGAUGAACAGGAGCACUGGAAAAGUGAGAUAACUUUGUAUGCAGUUGUCUAUGGAAUAAUCCUUAUCCCUGGCUUCUUUGGCAACAGCGUGGCCUUGUGGGUAUUGAUCGGAAACAUCAAAAGGGAAAAGAAGGCAGUGAUAUUCAUGACCAACCUAGCUCUGGCUGACUUGGCCCACGUUUUGAGCCUGCCCCUGAGGAUCUUUUACUACAUAACGCAUAACUGGCCAUUUGGAAAGUUCAUGUGUUUGUUCUGUUUCUACCUGAAGUUUCUCAACAUGUACGCCAGCAUCUUGUUUUUAGUCUGCAUCAGCGUCCAGCGUUGCGUUUUCCUCAUCCACCCCUUCAAGUACAGUAGCUGGAGGCGCAGGUAUGAUGUGGCGCUGAGUAUUAUUGGAUGGCUGGUCGUCAUCCUGAUGUGCCUUCCAUUCCCCAUCAUGAGAAACACCGAGUCGUUCAACAGCUCGCAAUGCUUUGCGGAUCUCCCCAUGAAGCAGGUCAACCUGGCAUCUUCCAUACUCAUGCUUACAGUAGCAGAGCUCCUGGGCUUUGUGGGGCCCAUCGCCAUCAUUCUCACCUGUACCUGGAAGACUGCACAGUCACUGAAAGAGAAGAGCACAGUCCCCAACAACCGAGGGGGAAGCAGGGCUUUGAAGCUUGUCUUGAUGUGUGCAACCGUGUUCCUGAUUUGCUUCGCUCCCUAUCAUAUAUUCUUCCUGUUAAACCAGCUGAGAAAGUUAAACCUCAUUGCAAACUGCAGCGCACGGAAGAAUAUUGAGAUUUUGCAUUCAGUGACACUGUGCUUAGCCAGCAUGAAUGCCUGCUUGGACCCAUUCAUCUACUAUUUUGUCACCGCCGAGUUCAGAGAGCAGCUUUCACGGACCAGCAGCUUCCUUGUAAGGAGCCGACACUUGAGCAGAGAAAGCACCACGAGUCGAUAAUCUCAAGCUUUGGACAAAUUGUUUGGCGUUUCUCUUUUCCAUCUUGCUCCACCUUGCAACGGAGAUAUCGUUGAGUCAGCAGUCACUGGAUCGGUGCAUCUUCGAGCGAGUUGAUGUUUAAAGCACCAUUUGUUUCCCAGCAAAUGUUAACCCAUUCCUGGUGAGCUACCAGAAAUGGUAGCAACAAGGAAUGUAGUAGUCAGCAUAAGUCACUAGUGGUGUUUGAACAAUUCUUUUUUACCUUCAUUAAUUGUGUUUCAUGUACAUUCUGCCCGCAAAGUAAAGACAAGAUUUUUUUUACAACGUUCAUCCAUAAAAAAAUGUUUGCAGUGUAGCUUUCAUUUAAAUGCCAGGACAGUGAUUAAACUCAUUUAAUAAUAUGCAUGAUAGGGGAUUACCAGUGACUUUCUAAACACAUUUUACUGUCCAUAAUCCACACACUGCCCUGUAAGCCAAGAGUCACUUAUUCUGAUUGGAAACUGAUCAAAGUAAUAAUUAAUGGUGAUCACUUCAAAACAGCAAACAAAUGAACUGCCAAUCUUAACAGGGUGUUAAUGCACAGUCAUGAUUUGGAGAUGCCACUGUUGGACUAGGGUGGACAAACUUAAAAAUCACACAACACCAGGUUACAAUCCAACAGGCAUGAGCUUUCAGAGCGCUGCUCCUU